AUGGCGGGAUCGGUGGCCGACAGCGAUGCCGUGGUGAAACUAGAUGAUGGACAUUUAAACAACUCCUUGGGCUCUCCGGUUCAAGCCGAGGUGUACUUUCCACGACUGAUAGUUCCAUUCUGUGGGCAUAUCAAAGGUGGCAUGAGACCGGGCAAGAAGGUGUUAGUGAUGGGCAUCGUUGACCUCAACCCUGAGAGUUUUGCCAUCAGCUUGACGUGCGGUGACUCAGAAGAUCCUCCAGCUGAUGUGGCAAUCGAACUCAAAGCUGUGUUCACAGACCGGCAGCUCCUCAGAAACUCUUGUAUAUCUGGCGAAAGGGGUGAAGAACAAUCAGCUAUCCCUUACUUUCCAUUCAUCCCGGACCAGCCGUUCAGGGUGGAAAUUCUCUGCGAGCACCCACGUUUCAGAGUGUUUGUGGACGGACAUCAACUUUUUGAUUUUUACCACCGCGUGCAAACGUUAUCUGCCAUUGACACCAUAAAGAUAAACGGGGACCUCCAGAUCACGAAGCUUGGCUGA